AUGAGUGACCUCGCGGAAUCGCGGUCCUCCGGGCCCAUUGCCACCGGCGCGGGCGCACAACUUGCUACCAGUAGCAAUACAGAGAAGCAAAAAGGCAGCGGAACAAGCAUAGUAGUCAAGACUCGCAGUUUAGACUAUGUAUUACGCAGUGGUCUAGCCGGUGGGUUGGCCGGAUGUGCGGCCAAAACGGUCGUUGCGCCUCUAGAUCGCGUCAAGAUUCUUUUCCAGGCAUCCAAUCCCCAAUUUGCCAAGUACACCGGCAGCUGGGCAGGUCUCGUGGCGGCCAUUCGCGACAUCAAGCGCUUUGAAGGUUCUCGAGGCCUAUUUAAGGGCCACUCCGCAACUCUCCUUCGUAUCUUCCCCUACGCCGCUAUCAAGUUCCUCGCCUACGAGCAAAUUCGUGCAGUCGUUAUUCCGUCCCCUGACCACGAAACUUCCGUUCGUCGCUUAGUAUCCGGCAGCAUGGCCGGCAUCACCUCCGUAUUUUUUACAUAUCCACUCGAGCUCGUCCGAGUGCGAUUGGCCUUUGAGACCAAAAAAUCCUCGCGGUCCUCCUUGACGGAUAUUUGCCGCCAGAUCUAUAACGAACGCAUCACCCCUGCCUCAACAGGCGCCGCAGCACACGCCUCAACCACUGUGGCCGCAGCCGAAUCCGUGUCUUCCACUGUCAACAAGGCAGUGCCCCGAUCUGGCUUCGCCAACUUCUAUCGCGGCUUUGGCCCAACCAUUCUCGGCAUGCUUCCCUACGCCGGCAUGUCUUUCCUCACCCACGACACCAAGGGCUCCCGACAUCCUCAACUCACCGCCGCAGCCGAGCUCUCUUCCGGUGCCCUCGCUGGUCUGGUCUCCCAAUCAUCCUCAUAUCCACUUGAAGUGAUCCGACGACGAAUGCAAGUCGGCGGUGCAGUUGGUGACGGCCGUCGUCUCGGCUUAGUUGAAAUUGGCAGGAAGAUUUACUUGGAGCGAGGAUUCCGCGGCUUCUGGGUCGGGUUGACUAUUGGCUACAUGAAGGUUGUGCCGAUGGUGGCCACCAGUUUCUUUGUCUAUGAGCGAUUGAAGUGGUCCUUGGGCAUUUAG